GCCGCUUAUCUUUAGGAAGUGACUCCCUCUUCCCGCACUCGUUUCCGCCGUUGGACGUGUGGAGGGGCGGCUCGUCUCGUCUGCUCGGUUCAUCAGCUCUGCGCAGAUCGUCGGUUCGGCCUGUUCAGGUCAGGCUCGGCUCGACUCGGCUCGAUUGAAGUGAUCGGUUGUUCAGACGGCUCCCCGGCUCACAGGUUUAUCACGUAGCGCUGUGGAGCCAACAUGUUCGGGAUUCAGUCGCUAACAGACUCUCCCGGCUCCCUCAAGAGUGCUUUUGGGGCCGAGCUCGGUGGCAUGUCUAGGUGUUACAGCAGUCAGCCAGACAGGAAGUGCCUACAAGACAGCAACUUCAACUUCCUGGAGAGCAGGAAUCCUUUGUCCACCUUUGACAGCAAUGACAAUCUGAACCAGAACGGACCGGGCACUGGCACGAACUUCUACUCCACUUUAACCCAAGUGGCAGAAGAGCACUGCCAGGAAUAUAUUCGGGAGCCCCCAGAGGGGUCUGAAGGCAGGAACACAAGGGCUGAGCAAAGGGAUAAUAAAGACAACUGUGAUGGGGGAGAAGACGGGGGCGAGAGCAGCACGGAUUUCAGCAGAAGCCCCAGCAUUUCCUCUCUGAGCAUUGACAGUCCCAUUCUAGAGGGUGCUGCUGCGCCAUCUGUUGGAAAUGCUUGGGGGGAGGCACCUGGGAAAGACUCCCCAGUGCCAGCCUGGGACAAGGCCCCAGAAGGUCUGACCGAGGUAGACAACACUAAGCCACCCAGUCAAGUCCCAGAUCUGAGUUCAGUGCAGGCCCACAGGGUUCUGCCGGCUCUGCUUGAGGCUGUUUGUACCCUGCAGGAACAAGAACGCUUCAAAGCCCAGGAGAAAGAGCGCCACCAGGUCCAGCUCACCAUGUACCGUCGUCUGGCACUCAUCCGCUGGAUACGUAGCCUGCAGCAGAAGGUGGCAGAACAGCAAGGCCGACUGCAAGAAAGCUAUGAUAUCAUCCUGGAGAACCGCAAAGUGCUGCUGCGCUGCCGUGGGCACCGGGGGGUGGUGGGCAGCACCUAAAGUGACUCACCUGCUGCCAGAGGUCACUUGGUCAGCUGAUAUCUGGAAUAAGAAGGGUUCAAACUCCAAAUGACCUCAUCUGCAUGUUCAAAAGGCAAUGAAAGGGAAUGGGGUUGGGAGAAAACAAUGUGCCAAUUGAUUUGGGGGGGGGUUCUUGCUUGUCUGAAAGAUUUCAGUGGAAACAAAGUCCUUUCUAUCUCUGUCUACUCUGCAAACAUUGUAUGGACUUUAUGCAGAAUGGUGUGUGCGGUUGUGGACGGCAAUAUGGACUUGAAUUAUUAUUUCUGAAUUCUACACCCAGCCAGGAUGCCCUCGACUAACCUCCUUGUGCCCACUUCUCCACUGCCCAAGUCUUUGGUGCCAGAGGUGUGUUGUCCCACAAAUGUUCCUAGCAGCACUCAAACAACAUCCAUGUGGAGGACUUAACUUCUUUUUGGGUUGCCCUACACUGAAGUCUGACAUGAUGUUAAGUAGACUGGCAUCCAAAAGUUGUCCUGCUGGGGAUACAUACUUGUUUGAAGUAUGUGUGGGGUGAGCCACGCUGUUGCAUUAGAAGAAUAACUGAGGACACUUGGCACCAGGGAUUGGGGGAUGGUUCAUCCAUCCAUCUAUGCAUUCCCCCUCAACCUGGAAUCAGAUAAGAAGCAAACAUGGAUGGAUGGAAAACUGGGAUUAAGCAGUCACAGUAAGGUGGCAAACUGGAACAUUGGAUAACAUUGCUGUCUAAUACUGCUUGAACCCGGGUUCACUUCUCAGUGGGGAUGCAUUUUCUCCAGUGGCAAUGGUGGCCGUCCAUGACACUAAACUGGUCUGCUGUUUUAUUUAGCCUAUGGUGAGCUGAUGCUUCUUUCAAGUUCACUUCUUGUUGUACACCCAUUUCGCCCAUGAUCAGGUCCCUGUGGUGAUGAACAGGUUUAGAAAAUGGAUGGAAGAUCCUGUUGUUUUUUCAUUUAUCUUCUCCACUAUGUAACUAUUCUCUUCCUUUUAAAUUAUGAGCAGACAAUGGACUAGCCCUCUGUUUUUAGAAGGAAGUCCAGCACAAGGCAAACAUGUUAACUCCUCUCCAUCCUUUCUCCGAACUUGUUUAAUCCAAAUCAGGCAUGCAGGGAUCUGAGUAGAAUUGACCCUGAGCAGCACACAUUCACAGUUUAGAGACACCAUUCCACCUUAUCUGCCUGCCUGACUUUGGACUGGGAAAGACUCCACACAGAAGGCACCCCAGCUGGGACUGUGUUGUAAGGUGGCAGCAAUACCCACUUUGCCAUCUUUGCUAAUGAUAAAAGUCAUGAUAAAAUCCUAGAUAUCUGUUAUGGGCAGAAUAUUCUAUGCAUGUCCAGCAACUUCUCUCCAUCCCCAGUUGUGAGUUGAUGUGCUGUUAGAGUCGUAUCACUGGCAUAUUAUUGAAUUUGACUGAACAUAAUACGAGACCACAAAGGAUGGAGCAGCUCAUGGGACAGUGGAGGUGCACUUGAUGAAAGACCCAGGAGAGUAAUGGCCUGAGAGGUCCAUCUUUGGAAGUGGGAUGACCACCCCAAGAUAUUUGAUAUCUUUCUUUAUUUUUUCUUCUUUUGUAUGCUCAGUGCUGUGCUGUUCCCCCCAUCAUAUCAACAGUGCUAGUUACACAUAGGUAAGCUUGGUGCUGAGGUGUCACCCAUUGCAGGGUUGAACUCGGGUCCUAAAUUGGGAUCUUGAGGUGGUUUGUCAUGUGGUGGAUGCGGCGACAUACUGUAUCAGUGCAUGCUCCCAGCCUCUCUCUCUCUCUCUCUCUUUCUCGGUGGUCUCUACUCACUGAUCCAUGGUAUUCCCUUAAGACCCCAUUGAGAGAUCAUUUAUAAAGAGGUGAAUGUCAGUCACUCAGUAGUAGUUUUAAACCCUUUAAAGUUCAGGGUUUCCACAUGUGUAGUCAGAUAUGCAGCCCACUUUCUCCCAGGUUCUCUGUAAUCAAUUGAUUUCUGGUCGUGUUAAAAGUGCAACCUUUAAUUCUCGUUUCAGUUCUUGCUAGUGGUGAGCUGGUAACCAGUUGUGCUUCAUGCUGUGCCCACUUGUUUGGACAGUCUCCUGCCAGCUUUUUUAACAGUUCUCAGGUGCUGUGAGCUCAUAUGUGACUGAUGACCCCCAGAGUGUGCUCAGUGCUGUGGCACCUGAAGCCCCACCCAUUUUAUUAGCCACACCCCCUGCAACCGUAGCUGUCGUCACCCGCCUGCUGGGCUCAACAUAACAAGUGGAAUUCAAUUAGGAAUUUGUAAAGGCUGUUUAGCAUUUAUUUUAUUUUAUUUUAUUGUUUUAAUAUUUCUUACCAUUAUAUCUGUAAUGUCUCUCAGUCACCAUUUUGAGUGCUUAGAUUUUUUUUCCUUUUUUAAUUCUUUUAUUUGGGAAAUAAAACAUAACAACAAAAUAUAUCCCAAUCUAACAAAUUAAAAUAAUUUAGAAAGUACAAAAGAAUGAUCCAAAAAUAAUCCAUCAGUCUUUGCCCAGCAAAGAGAGCCAUACGGCUUGAGGGUCCCGACCUCAACCCUGUAGCUCUUUGUACAGAAUAAAACCAAACGGUGGAGCACAAGCCUGGCCUGUUUAUAUUAGAAUCCCAGUAAUGAGGUCCUAAAGUUCUAAAAAACAGAUCCCCAUGAUGAGAAUUUGAUUUUUCAAAUUUGACAUAAUGCAGAGCAUCACUUUCCUCCGAGGUAAUAAAAUGGUGGGUGGGGAUUCUUACCCGUUGAGCGGAAUCAGCCUUCAUGUGAGUGAUGUGUUAUGAGCUAUCAUGGCCAGCUUUACAUAAUACACUUUUAUCCCAUUCAGUACUCCAAAUAUUGCUGUUGCUACCUGUAGGCAAAAUGUAGGCAAUAGAAUACAUAAAAAUUGUUACUGUUUCUUGAUCUACGUGUACCUCUGUGUAUGUGAAUGUCUCUGGUGCUCCGUCCCUCAAGUGGAUCCUAGUAAAGCCGGUUUCUCAGACUGUUAUUAUUUUUGAGGUGCCAUUGUCACCUUCUGUUCACUUUUAUACCUGCCUUCUUUGAAGGUGACUCUUUCAGCAUGGCUCAUGUGUCUUUACUCCUCCUCCUGCGUCUCACACUUGCACUUUCUCUUUUGUUGCGUCCCAAAGAUCACAUCAAAGCCAAGCUGACCAAUCACAUUGUUUAGAGGGACUGGACACACAGACCGUAGUAUUUUAUUAU